UCUCAUUCAAUUUUUCUAUUUCAGACACAAUGUCGGCUUCAGCAGGACACAGAAUGAAGCAGACACACGUUCUCAACUUCUUUCAGGACAAGAACAAUGAUUCCGCAUUGACUGUUCUGUCCAACGGAGUCAGGUUCCAUGUAAUCGUCGAAUCGAAACAACUCCAGUCCUCCACAGACCAAGACAGCAAGGCACUAGAAGAAUACUCAAGAUUGCUCAACGCGUUGAGCGACAAGGCCAGACAUCAGUCUCAAGGAUCUCGCCAAUUGUCCAAGGAUCCGGAAGCGGACUACGCAGAGGAAGAUCAAAAAAAGGAAGAUACACAAGAUACAUACUGCAUCUGCCGGGGACCCGAUAGAGGUUUCAUGAUCGGCUGCGACAGCUGCGAGGAAUGGUACCAUGGCGACUGCGUCGGCAUAACCCAAGAAGAAGGAGCCUCGAUCGACGAAUACACAUGUCCUCAAUGUGAAAAGGGCAACCGAAGUCCUACUGCUGCUUCUAGGGACAGCGGCAUCGUGCUCGAAGAUCACGACAAGGCAGAAGACGAUCCUGAGGAUGCACUACAAGCCUGGAUAUUGUCGCACCUGGAAGCUGAAGUCGAGAAACAUGCUCCAUCAAGGAGCGAAAUGCAAGUCACCAACGCUCACGAUUGGUACCACCCGUCAACACACUUCUAUUCUUUGCAAUGCAAUGACGGCAAAGUAACACCCACCGAACUGGAAGCGACUACGGAGCUCGAAAACAGAAUGCAAGACCUCCUACCAGCCGUCACCCUGCCAAAGUAUAUCCUCAACCUCGACGUCCCCUGGUUCAAAGCAUCAGAUUUGGAAGUUGUCGAAGACUCCGGCCCCGUACCCACACUAGUCCGCCACAAUGAUGACCACCACUUCCUCAAGGUCGUUGAUCCCACUCAACCCGGUCCUACGAAGCGUGAGCUCAAGAUCAUGAAAGACAUCGAGAGACUCGGCUUGCAAAAAGUGAUACGAGUACCCCAAGUUCAAGGUCUGGUAUCCUUCACAGAUGGCAAGACUGAGAUGAUGGGGUUCCUCCAAACACACAUCCCAGGCGCCGAGCCAUUGACUCAUCUUCUCGAUUCGGAUGUGCCACAAUCUAAACGCGAUCGCUGGGCUUCUGAGUCUGAAGAGAUGGUGAAUACUCUCCAUAAGCACAAUCUAGUAUGGGGCGAUGCCAAAGCGGAUAAUUUCAUGGUAGACAAGGACGAAAAACUCUGGAUCAUCGAUUUCGGAGGCAGUUACACAGAAGGAUGGGUGGAUGCAGAGUUGAACGAGACAGUAGAGGGUGAUGAUAUGGGGACAAGGAAGAUUGUGAACGCGCUGCAUGAUCCGGACGCCAACACGUUCGAUCUUGAUGACACUACGGUUGCCGAAGACAAGGGUGUCAAGCGUAAGCACUCGGAUGAAGCGGAUGAAGAAGAUGUCCAUACAGAGAAGAGGGCAAGGGUAGACUGAAGGGAGAUAUUUUGGUUGUUCAUUGCAUUACUAGCGUCCUCCAUUAGCAUC